CUUUCUCGUUCUCUUUCAUUUAAUUUAAUUUAAUUUAAUUUAAUUCUAUUUCCAGAAGAAGAAAUUCCUUAUUCCCCUCACCUUCACCGUCACCAGCCGCCCUCCAGAUUUCUCUCUUUUCGACUGAAUAUCUCACCUCCCGAGAUCUCACGGUCACACGCCGGUGACGACUCGAAUAUCACCGACACGGUCAAAGAUCCGAGAGCAACGCGCUGAAAUCUCGCGAAUCCUUUCUGUGUUUCGCUGGUUCGUGAUGGGUUGGAAAUACAAGGCCGGGCUGUUCCUCAUAGCCGCCGUUGUUAUUAUCUGGGUCACGUCUGCAGAAGUCACCCAGGGUAUAUUUACGGACUAUAAGCAGCCAUUUGCAGUAACUUAUCUUGGAGCUUCUCUUAUGGUAGUUUAUCUCCCAAUAGCUUUCAUUAAGGAUUGGUUGUGUAAUUUUAUAAAGCGUCGCUCUUUGAAAGGUGCCAAAAGUGUAGAAAGCUUGAAUGAAUUUUCUGGUGGAUUCGGUUCUCCACUAAAGAAAGACUACGAAUUGGAGCUUCAGGGGACGUUGACCAGAAAAGAUAGUGAAGCAAACCUUUCACCUCAUGCGGAAGGAAGACCUUUGGUUCCUAGACACAAAGAUGAUUUAUAUGGCUUGAAACAAGUGAAGCAUCUUACAACACGGGAAGUUGCUACCUAUGGAUUUUACAUAGCACCUAUCUGGUUCAUUACAGAAUACUUUUCAAAUGCUGCACUUGCUCGUACAAGUGUUGCAAGUACAACGGUAUUAUCCUCUACAUCUGGACUCUUUACUCUUUUCGUUGGAGCAAUUUUGGGCCAAGAUUCUCUGAAUGUAGCAAAAGUGCUUGCUGUUUUUGUUAGCAUGGCUGGUGUUGUUAUGACGACUAUGGGGAAAACUUGGGCUGCAGAUGAAUCAGAUUUGGGAGGUUCUUCCAAUGGUAAACGCUCUCUCAGUGGAGAUCUUUUUGGCCUUCUCUCAGCUAUGUCAUAUGGUCUUUUUACAGUGCUUCUCAAAAAGUUUGCUGGUGAAGAAGGAGAAAGAGCUGAUGUGCAAAAGUUGUUUGGAUAUAUUGGAUUGUUUACACUUGUGGCACUGUGGUGGCUUGUUUGGCCGUUGUCGGCAUUGGGAAUCGAACCAAAGUUUACAAUUCCUCACUCUGCCAAAAUGGAUGAAGUCGUUAUUGCCAAUGGCUUUGUUGGAAGUGUACUCUCUGAUUACUUUUGGGCGCUGUGUGUUGUAUGGACAACUCCUCUGGUGGCCACCUUGGGCAUGUCGCUCACCAUCCCGCUUGCUAUGGUGGCCGACAUGGUGAUCCAUGGUCGUCAGUAUUCAGCAGUUUACAUUCUCGGCUCCGCUCAGGUCUUCUUUGGAUUUGUAAUAGCGAAUCUUUCCGACUGGUUCUCGAAGAAGUUUGGCUUAUAGCAUUUGGUUCAAAAUUUUACUGGUUUAGUUUGGUAUUCCUGUUUUUUUUGGGGGGCCUUUCUCUCUCCGCCACUCUGCUCAGAUACCAAAUUCUUGAUUUAAAUUUCAAUUUUGUUGUAGAAGAAACUUCUUCCAUGUGCUUUUGUUCAGAGAAAAAGAACGAAGAUGGAAGUAAUAUGGUUCUAGAUUCGUGUAAAUUCGACAUAGGCUUAGAUUGGUCUUAUUGCCACGGUCAGGUUUGAGUGUUGAGCCCUUUAAUGUAAUAAAUUCUUUUUCUUUUUUUCCUUUUCUUUUGUUGUUGGGGGAAAUGGGAAUUUAUUUUUCUUGCAUUUGUUUCAAGGCUUUCAAGUUUCAAGUGUAUAUCUUCACGAACAUUUUCAAACUGAUUGACAUGUGAUACAGAUGUA